ACUUUGUUCGACCACUACUUUCUUUCCGCGGCUCGUCAAUCCUCAGUCCUCAGUCCUCGGUCAUUCCCUCUGAACCUUGACGCAUUGGCAAUCAUUUCGACUUGGGAUAGAGAAUAUCUCUGCGCGCACCCGAUCGUCCAUCGAACCGAGAAAAAGACUGUGAAAGGGAGAGAUAUGGAAACAACUGGUCACACUACUUGCUGAAAGUCAAUACCCGGAUUGUGAUCUAUCUAUCGAUCGUUUUGCGCGCGCGCGCUAUCUACGGCAUCACUCGCAUCCAGCAACACCUGGCAAUCGUCAGUGUACGACCCAACCAUGUCCGGCACAUGUAUAUCACUGUCGGGAUCGACACUGUGCCCCGCCUUCAACAGCUCCUCUGUCUCGACAAACUCUAGUCUCUACACUGAUUUCCCCUUCAUGCAAUAUGUGUCAAAUCUAACAUCGUUUGAUAACGAAUUGAGCAGCUAUGUUAUGCAGGGCUAUGUCAAGGAAAAGUAUGUGGAGUACUUGGGAUGUCAAGGUGUUAACUUGACUGAUACCGAUGACUAUUAUGCACGUUACACAACAAGUGUGAUCUGUAGCAGUUUGGUCCAAAGCUCCAAGGACAAUUGCGACUUAUCCGAUGAAGACUCAAGACCACUCUGCGCCGAUACCUGCGCGUCCAUGGCCAUAAGUGAAGAGGCUAUAGUUACAAACACCGACCUCUGCUCCAAGAAGGCAAGCGACUACAUGGCUCAGAUACGCUCUGACUUUACAAUCUGCUCACUGCCAGCUGAUUCACUUACUGUGACCUGCAUCACUGGGGCUGAAAAUGAACCCAACAAUUGCGGGUUUCGAUCCAACGUCUUGGGCCUAUGUGCAUAUUGCGCCUCAGGCUCGGCCAACUCUACUGAUUCCUGCUGCACCAAUUCAAAUGCUGCUACUCGAUGUUCGAACGUAACGAUUCCGUCCUCGACGCUUCCGCCGAUCUUCACCUCCACGGCUGCUUCCAAUUCGACCACUGGUGCAACCUCGAACGGCCUGUCGGGAGGACAGAUAGCAGGGAUUGUGAUAGGGUCGGUUGCAGGAUUUGCAUUGUUAGCAGCUCUAGCUGUGCUGGCCUUGAUUUAUUGGCGACGGAAGCGUCGGGCGGAAAACGACGGCUCUUUGAACCAGCCCAACCCGCAGAGAAAGGGAUCUCCGUCCAUGCAGCAGAGCCGAAGCCAGAAUGAAUUUGCUGCUAUACCCGGCGGACGAGUGGCCAGGAUGUCCGCCUUGCGCGAAGUUCCCAAUUCAUCUCCAGCACGCUCUCGGUACUCUGCUGCUCUGUUUGGCGGCACGAAGUAUAGCGAUACCUCAGACUCUGAUUACGGCGCUAGCCCUGGGGCAAUGUCGAAAAAAAUCCCCCCCACCACAGGAAAACGCCAUGGCUCACUUUCCAGUAACUCGGCCUUGGCCGGAGCAGGCAGUGAUUCUUCCCCCCGCUCUGGAAAUGCCGGUCAGUACUCGUCACCAGAUGGAUUGGCUAGUGGUCAAUCGGAGCAACUGUCUACUUUUCAGGACUACUACUCGCAAGAUGACAUCCAUCCGGGCGACAAGGUCGCGGUACUCUGGGCAUACCAACCCCGGGCUGGUGAUGAGUUUGCUCUGGACCGCGGCGAGAUGUUGAAAGUGAUUGGCAUUUGGGACGAUGGGUGGGCUACUGGUAUCCGCGUCCCCGAAACGGCAGAGGACCACGACGCUCGACACCGCGAGCAACGAGACAGCGGCGUGUCAAAUGGUUCACAGCGGGCUGCCACAUCCCCUGCCCCUGUCGGUGAUAUUAAGGCCUUCCCCCUGGUCUGUGUAUGCCUUCCACAGCAUUGGAGAAAGAUCAUCGACGGCGGACAAGCCGAUGAUGGCUCAUGAUGACUGCCAGCCGACAACUACCAAUUCCGUCUACUCGAAGCGUGUUGCUUUUAACGCCAAUUUAUGCCUUGAUGAUGAUGCCUCUUAUUGCGUCGCUUCCUCCCGCGCGCGUUAUAGGUACAACGAUUUACCUUUUACUUUCACUUCUCCACUUGAC